AUGGCAGGACAAAGGGGCGCCUGGACCAUGAGCGACCACGCGGUGGAGAAGAGUUUGGAAGAGCCCUUGGCGCCUUCUGCGGACGAGUCCUCUCAGAAGAAGGGAGACUUGGUGGAAGUCUUAAAUGGGGAUAAGGUUAAGUUUGAUGACACGGGACUCUCCUUAAUUCUUCAGAACGGCCUGGAGACCCUCCGGGUGGAAAACGCUCUGACGGAUGUCAUCCUGUGUGUGGACAUCCAGGAAUUCUCCUGCCACCGCGUGGUGCUUGCCGCCGCCAGCAACUAUUUCAGGGCCAUGUUCUGCAAUGAUUUAAAGGAAAAGUAUGAGAAGAGGAUCAUCAUUAAAGGGGUUGAUGCUGAGACCAUGCACACCCUCCUGGACUACACGUACACCAGCAAGGCGCUGAUCACCAAGCAGAACGUCCAGCGCAUCCUGGAAGCUGCAAACCUCUUCCAGUUCCUGCGGAUGGUGGAUGCCUGUGCCAGUUUCCUCACAGAAGCCUUGAACCCGGAAAACUGUGUUGGCAUACUGAGGCUGGCCGACACACACUCCUUGGACAGUCUGAAGAAGCAGGUUCAGAGCUACAUCAUUCAAAACUUUGUGCAGAUCCUGAACUCUGAGGAGUUCCUCGAACUUCCCGUGGACACUCUGCACCACAUCUUGAAGAGUGACGAUCUGUAUGUGACGGAAGAGGCGCAGGUGUUUGAGACUGUGAUGAGCUGGGUCCGGCACAAGCAGUCAGAACGACUCUGCUUGCUCCCCUAUGUCCUGGAGAAUGUGCGCUUGCCGCUCCUGGACCCCUGGUACUUUGUGGAGACUGUGGAAGCAGAUGCUCUCAUCAGGCAGUGCCCAGAGGUCUUCCCGCUGCUCCAGGAAGCCAGAAUGUACCAUCUUUCUGGCAAUGAGAUCAUCUCAGAGCGCACCAAGCCCAGGAUGCACGAGUUCCAGUCCGAGGUGUUUAUGAUCAUUGGCGGCUGCACUAAGGACGAGCGGUUUGUGGCGGAAGUGACCUGCCUGGACCCCUUGAGGCGCAGCCGCCUGGAGGUGGCCAAGCUGCCGCUGACCGAGCACGAGCUGGAGAGCGACAAUAAGAAGUGGGUGGAGUUUGCGUGCGUGACUUUAAAAAACGAGGUCUACAUCUCAGGUGGCAAAGAGACACAGCACGAUGUUUGGAAAUACAACUCUUCCAUCAACAAAUGGAUUCAGAUCGAGUAUUUGAACAUAGGCCGCUGGAGGCAUAAGAUGGUAGUGCUGGGUGGCAAGGUGUAUGUGAUCGGAGGGUUCGACGGCUUGCAGAGGAUCAACAACGUGGAGACCUACGACCCCUUCCACAACUGCUGGUCGGAGGCUGCACCCCUCCUUGUCCAUGUCAGUUCCUUCGCAGCCACCAGCCAUAAGAAGAAGCUCUACGUGAUUGGAGGAGGGCCCAAUGGGAAACUGGCCACAGACAAGACUCAGUGUUAUGACCCUUCAACCAAUAAGUGGACUCUAAAGACGGCCAUGCCGGUGGAGGCUAAAUGCAUCAAUGCAGUGAGUUUCCGGGACCGCAUCUACGUUGUUGGAGGGGCCAUGAGAGCACUAUACGCCUACAGCCCCCUGGAAGACAGCUGGUGCCUGGUGACCCAGCUGAGCCACGAGCGGGCCAGCUGCGGCAUCGCGCCCUGCAACAACCGGCUCUACAUCACCGGGGGGCGGGAUGAGAAGAACGAGGUCAUUGCCACGGUGCUGUGCUGGGACCCCGAGACCCAGAAGCUGACAGAGGAGUGCGUCCUGCCCCGCGGGGUGUCGCAUCAUGGCAGUGUCACCAUCAGGAAGUCGUACACCCACGUCCGGAGGAUUGUGCCAGGAGCAGUGUCUGUGUGA